CCCCUCUGGUGGUACCCAGCUCGGGGGAUGGUGCGUAAAGGAAUGCUGCAUCUCUGUGGAGGACACGCGUCCCCCAGAUGGAGCCCGGUGUUUUUUGAGAGUGUAGGGUUAAAGCUGGCUCUAGGGGGCGUGGUUUGAAUCAAUAAUAACCGCCUCACGGUAGUUGAACUGUAAAAAGAAUGAGAGACAGCGAGAGCUGAAGAGAGAGAGAGAGAGAGAGAGUCAGAGAGCCGAGUGACUGCGUGGACGCCGCCACUGUCCUGGAGGGAGAGGACGUUGGAUGAGCGCGGAGGUGGAGAAGAAGAAGAAGAAGAGGAGGAAGAAAAAGGAGGAGGAGGAGAAGAAGAAACUCUGCGGCGACAGCCGGGGUGUUGGGGGAAAAGGUGCGCCUGAAAUGAAGGUGUGAUUUUCAUUCCUGUCGCCGCGCCUUUAGAGGAAAUUCCCACCAAACGACAGUCACUGACGGAGAGACGGCUCUGCGGAACAGGACGGGACCGUAUGGCUUAGAGAAGCGGGACGUGUCGGUCGUGGAGUGGUGUGGAGUGGAGUCAUCCAGUGGAACCCACAGCCUGGCUGCCUCCACGGGACUCACGCCGCCUUUACGUAACUCCUAAUGCAGGUGACGCUGCCGAAGAGAGAGGCGGCAGUUUUUUUUACUCAACUCCACGGAAUGAUCUGUGGAUGUGCGCUCCGUCGUCACCACUGAGCAACGUCAGCAAUGGAUGAGGGCCACAUGCAGAGCAGAGGCUCCUUCACCGUGGAGGCCGAUGUGAUCCUCCACACCGUGAGCACCGACCUUGUCUCGACUCCCGACAAAGACGGGAAUGUAUGCCCGGGUUACGGGCAGAAAUGUUUGCAGGAUGAGAAGGACUUUGAGCCGCCCACUGUGUUUGAGAAGGAGUACCUGCUGGACGGACGACUGAUGGGCAACAAUCAUGUCGAUCAUCCGAAAGGCAACGGUACUUGUGUGUCCGCGGCGGAUGCUGAUGAUAAGCCAGGUCUCGAUCUCCGUCCUCACGCUGAUUCCACUGUGUCUAAUCAUACGUCAAGCACCCAGGAAACUUUUGCAAGUAAAAUUCCUAACGGUGCCCGGUCUAAAGUCCGUUUCUGCACAGACGAGAACACCGACACACCUCCUUUUAGGUCCAACUCCCAUGAAGAAACUGCAAAUUCCCAGAAUAAAGAAGAACCUGAUUUGGUCAUAGAAGUUGGCGGACAGGCCAUCAGCGCACACAAGUCGGUCCUGGCAGAGAAGAGCGACUACUUUAAGGCACGGCUCUCUCGAGACAUUCUGAAAGUGAAGGGAAUGAGCUACAACACUCUGACGACGCUGAUCGACUACGUUUACACCUCGCACAUGAAUGUAAGCAAGGACAACGUGGUGGACGUCAUCACGGGAGCUAAGAUCCUUCAGAUCCCGUGCGCCGUCCAAGCUGCCAUGGACUCCAUGUCUGAACAAAUCACCACAGAGAACUGCUACGAGAUUCUGUCCAUCGCCAAGAAGCAGCGACUGAGCGAACUGAAGGAAACGGCGUACGGGUUCAUGAGCGACAACUUCCUCCAGGUCCUCAAAGACCCGGCUGCGUAUGGUCGUCUGAACGGAUCGGAGCGGGAUCUGAUCCUAAAGAAGAGGAUGGAGGGGAAGAAGACCCUAAUGGCCGCAGAAAUCAACGACGUGUUUGAUCGAGUCGGGAGUCGACCACCGAGUCGCUGCGGCAGUCGACCUCAGAGCCCGCUGUCAGAGGGGUCUUUGGAGGAGACCCACAUGAUUUACCUUUUUAAUGAAACUGCAAAUGACUGGAGACCUCUGACCUCUUUGCCUGAGGAAAUAAACACUAAGGGCUGUGGGAUCUGCACCAUGUAUAACUACCUGUUUGUGGCGGGGGGCAUUAAGGGCUACGGGGACAAGGGUAAAGUUACAGACAAAGUCUUCUGUUACAACCCCAUAACCAACCGCUGGUCCGAGAUCAGACCUCUCAACCAGGCACGUGCUCAGCUAAAGCUCGUUUCGAUGGACGGCUACUUGUACGCCAUUGGAGGGGAGUGUUUGUUUUCGGUGGAGAAAUACGACCCUCGAAAGGACCGCUGGACUGACAUCGCCCCCUUGCCCAAGGGAGCCUUCGCCGUGGCCCACGAGGCUACGACCUGCAGCGGAGAGCUGUACGUGUCAGGGGGCUCCCUCUUCUACCGCCUCCUCAAAUACGACCCCAAGAGGGACGAGUGGCAGGAGUGUCCCUACAACAACAGCAGGAAGAAGUCCAGCGACAUGGUGGCCUUCAAGAGCUUCAUCUACCGCUUCGACGUCAACCGCGAGCAAGGCAUCAACGUCUUCAAGUACAACACCAUCGUGAAAAUGUGGCACGACUGCGCGUCACAGAGGCUCGGGAGCUACUUCCCGUUCAGGUGCGCGGUGCUAGGGAACUACAUCUUCUGUGUGAACAAGUCCCAGACUCUUCAGUUUGUGGUGGAGGAGGAGAACGCCUACUUUGUGGAGGAGACGCUGAGGGUGCCGCUGGAGGCCAAGGGAGUUCUUUUACCUUUUGUUCUUAUUUUGCCUGAAAAGCCUGAGAGAGUUACAUAGUCUGUGUGUGUGUGUGCGUAUGUGUGUGCGUGGGUGUGUUUGCGCAAACGGAUUAGAACUACA